UUGUUCCCUGGCCUGUUGGUUCCUGGCCUCGAGUGUUCCCGAAUGCUCGACACUGCAAAAUGGCGCACAUGGCUGUGGGAUACCUUUGGGGGAUCCAGUAGGUAUCUUCCCCCACCACCCGACAUGUCUUGCGCAGACGUGGGUAGCGAGGAAGGGCCAGGGGAGUAUAUGCUACGUCACUGGGAAGAGAAAGAGAAAACGAGACAUGACUGUUGAUCUAGCUCUUGUGCCACAUUAAAAUCCCAACUUACCCGCCGUCCUUUCACUCUCAUUCCCUGCGUAGGGCCUAAUGAUAGGAUAUGGCGCCCUGCCAUCAGCCGCAGCGCGCUAUAACACCCUGGCGUCAGUGGCUGUAUAAUAGAUUGAAACCCGACGGUUCCUACGCCUAGCAGCCAGGUGUUACACCUCCAGCCCUAUUUCAGCUGGUGUGAAAUUACCCAUCAAACAUGUGGUGUCGGCCACUACCGGAUAUCCACACCUUUGUCCUAGCCAAUUUGGCAGGCCUCCAGUUCGACCACAACUACAACGAGCGACGAUUCAUGCAGAGGCCCCUCCGCAGGCUCCAUAUGCUGCUACUUAUAGUAGCCCUCGACAUCAUAGUCAGCUCAUCCUUCUGGUCUCUCUUUCGUCGCCGUCACCCUUCAACCAUGCAAUUUAAGUUAGUAGCCUCAUCGUGGGCCUCAUUUGCCCUCCUGGCUGCCGUCCAGGCUGCUUCACAGACAUGUGACAUUGUCAACUCUCAACGGGCCAGCAUUCAGUCCUUGUCGAAGAAUGCCGGUGGCUACAACACGGAGCAGGACCACUACUGGUCCACGGCCUGUGGCGAUCUCAAACCGACCUGCAUCCUGAAGCCCAAGAACGCACAGGAGGUCUCGUUUAUCAUGCAGACCCUGCAGGCCAACAACGAGACCUUUGCCGUCAAGUCGGGCGGCCACAACCCAAACAACUACUUUGCAAGCGUCCAGGAUGGCCCUCUCAUCUCGACCACAGCCCUGAACCCAGAGGUUGUAUACAACGCCGAGAACAACACCGUCACCGUCGGCCCGGGCAACCGAUGGGACGACGUCAUGGGGGCCCUCGACGGCAAGAACGUCACCGUCGUCGGCGGCCGCAUCGGCAACGUGGGCGUGGGUGGCUACCUCCUCGGUGGCGGCCUCGGCUUCCUCAGCACGCAGUACGGCUGGGCUGCCAACCAGAUCGUCGAGGCCGAGGUGGUGCUGGCCAACGGCACCAUCGUCACCGCCUCGGAGACGGCCAACCCGCAGCUCCUCAUGGCGCUCCGCGGCGGCGGCAACAACUUUGGCAUCGUGACAAAGUUCGUCCUUAGGGCCUACCCGAUCGGCCAGGUCUGGGGCGGCAACAUGGUGUUUGGCGCGUCCAAGACGGACGAGAUCCUGGCUGCCGUCCGCGACUUCACAGAAAACUACGAUAACCACCCCAAGGCCGCCAUCAUUGCCACGGCCGAGAUCACGGCCCUCGACGCCGUCAGGAUCUGGACGCUCUUCUUCUUCUACGACGGCGAGACACCCCCAGCAGGCGUCUUUGACAAGUUCGUUGCCGCCAAGCCCACCAUCAACAACUGCAAAUCCCGGUCGUACGCCGACCUCCUAUCGUACAACAACUGGGCAGUCCUGCACGGGUCGCGCUAUGUCAUCGCCACUGAGACGAGCCCUCUGCCGUCCGCGGCGGACGGCGCGCGCGUCAUGCGCUCCUACUACGACUACUGGUUCAAUACGUCGGAGCCGCGGGCCAUCACGCCUGGGAGCGUGUCGUCGAUGGCGUUCCAGCCCAUCCCCAAGAGCAUGGCGCGGAUCGCGCGUGACAAGGGCGGUGAUCUGAUCGACCUCGACGACUCGACGGAUCGCCUCAUCUUUGAGUUCAACUACUCGUACUGGUUCAGCAUCAGCGACAAGGCCGUGGCCGACACCACGGCCAAGCUGGUCGACGGCAUGAAGGCGCUGGUCGACGGCUACGUCGCAGACGGCACCCUGCCUGACGCCUACAGGCCGCUCUUCAUGAACGACGCCUACCACGACCAGGACUACUGGGGUCGCCUGCGGCCCGAGAAGAGGCAGCUCGCCGCGGAUGUCCGCGCCCAGGUUGACCCGGAAAACAUCUUUGCCAAGCGCACGGGCGGCAUCAAGCUGUGA